UUUCUCAGGGAUGGCCGCAUCUAUUCUGGAGGUAGGGAAUGUGAUUGAAGACGCACGCUAUGGCUCCAGUCCUCUGGCUAUGUUAACCGCUACCUGUAACAAAUUUGGCAGCACCAGUCCAGUCAGGGAUUCGGCUACACCCGGAAAGACCGGCAGCACCGUCCCAGGAAAGAAACCCUACAACAUGACCUCUGACCUUCAGACCGCUAAGAACGGGCGGCCCACGGAUGGGACCGGCCUGGACUCCUACACUGGCUCCUUCACCACAGCUGGAGGUGGUAGCGGCGGUGGACUGUUGACCCCAAAUGGAAGCCCCCCUCCCUCAGCUGGAGGGUACUCCUCUGAGUAUAACCCCUUCACCCAUUCCUUCCAAACCUCAGCGUCGCAGGAUCCGUCUCUCCUCGUGUCCAAGUCCCAUGCCACGGCAGACUGCCUCACCAGUGUCUAUACCUCCCUGGAUAUGACGCACCCAUACGGCUCGUGGUACAAAGCCGGAAUCCAUCCUGGCAUCACUGCUGCUCCUGCUAAUGCCACUUCCUCAUGGUGGGACGUCCACCCCAACUCCAACUGGCUCUCACAGUCCCAGACAGAUGGGGGUCUCCAAGCCUCACUGCAGCCCGUCGCCCCGCAAGCUUCUCUCAGCCCACAGCUGCCCAAUUACAGCGCAGAUUUCACCCCCUUAAACCCGGCUCCUUACCCAUCGGUGGGCCUGGGCUCAUCCUCACACCUCCUCCAGUCCUCCCAGCACAUGCUGCCCCAGGACAUGUACAAGCCGAAGCCUGUGCAGAGCUCAGGGCUGAUUGACAGCUCCAUGGGUCUGAAGCCUGCGAGAGGAUCAGCGGGGUAUAGUGGCGGCGGAGCGCCCACAAGGUCUUCAUGCGAUUGCCCUAACUGCCAGGAGCUGGAGAGGCUGGGGGCUUCAGCUGCCACCCUGAGGAAGAAGCCCGUCCACAGCUGCCACAUCCCCGGCUGCGGAAAAGUCUACGGGAAGGCCUCCCACCUGAAAGCCCACUUGCGCUGGCACACAGGCGAGCGCCCCUUCGUAUGCAACUGGCUCUUCUGCGGGAAGCGAUUCACCCGCUCCGACGAACUGGAGCGACACGUGCGCACUCACACCAGGGAGAAGAAGUUCACGUGUCUGCUGUGCAACAAGCGCUUCACCCGCAGCGACCACCUCUCCAAGCACCAGAAGACCCACGCCGACUCGGCGGUUCAGGGGAAAGUGAUGGAAGGAGACGCGGAUGGCCACGGCGAGGAGACCACAGAGCUCAACAUCAGCGCCACCAACCCUGGUGCUGAUCCCAUCACAAACGGAGACGAGAAAACAGGAAGCAGCAACGGAGUAGAGAGCAGCAGCGGACUCUUGGAGAUCUGACUUCUGUCGCAACAAUCACAUUUCUGCCAAAAUCCUGAGUGAAAACAUU